AUGAUAAAUAAUUGUAGUUCCUGCCAAAAACAUCGCGCAACAAAUAUAAAAGAACCUAUGUUAUCUCAUCAAAUACCUGAUUUAUCAUAUAAUAAACUCGGCCUCGAUAUUUGCGAAUAUGCAAAAAAGACUUAUUUAGUUGUUUCAGACUAUUAUUCAAGAUACUUAGACAUAAUAGCAUUAAAAACAAAAACAGCAAGUAAAUGCAUAGCAAAUUUAAAAGUGUGUUUUUCGAAUCAUGGAAUACCACUUGAAAUUGUUGCCGAUAAUAUGCCAUUUAAUUCAUUACAAUUCAGAAAUUUUUGUAAAUCGGUAGAUAUAAAAUUAACCACAACAAGUCCGCGAUAUGCUCAGUGUAAUGGUUUUGCCGAAAAGUCAGUAGGUAUAGCUAAAAGUUUAAUUAAAAAAAGCUCUGAAAAUGAACAAGAGCUAUGGCUUGCUCUGCUUGAUUAA